UCGAAUUGCAUAGCAUUUAAGCUUCAAGCGUCGAGUAUUAAUAGUAUAGAAGACUAGGAGCUCUCGCUUUCCUCGUGACAUCGAAACUGAGAUAUAGACAGGGAAAAGGAAUUAGUAAACAUGUCAAACCUCGAGAGUUGUCUCAUUGCAAUUGUCCUCCUAUGUCUCGUUGCCAAAGGUCAAAGUAAGUGCACGCUGAACGAUCUGACGAUCGGAACCGUCCGCACGGGGAGGACGAUCCAAGGGAAGCCGGAGUGGACGGUGACGGUGACGAACGAGUGCGCGUGUGCACAGUCCUCCAUAAAAGUACGGUGCACUGGAUUCAAGUCGGUCGUGCCCACCAACCCGUCCAAGAUCCUCCCUCUGGGCGGCACGUGUCUCAUCAACGGUGGCCACCCCGUGGGCCCGGGCUCCACCAUCUCUUUCUCCUACGUGUGGGACCCGCCCUUCAUCCUGUUGCCAGCCUCUGCCAUCGUCGGCCCGGGCUGUUGAAAAUCAUCUCAAAAUUACAUUUUCUUUCUUUGCAAUAAUAAUAAUAAUAACAAAAUGAUAACAAUCUAGGGUUAGGGCUUGGGAUUUGCCCCUUUUGAGUCCAAUUUCCCUUUUCUACUGAAUAAAUUUGCACACAUGAUGUCUUUGAUCGAUCCCCUUCA